AUGGAACUUCAACACCGCCAGUCAGGCCUACUAUCUGGCAACUGCUCAGCCUUGAACACACCUUCAGUUGGAACACCACUCGAUGGGCCGUCAUCACAACAUCGAAGCGUCCUUCAGGAACGAUCCGCCAAUUGGCCACACGACAACACUGCAUCCCCACUCACAGGCACACAAGCAGCGGUGCAGAAGGCUUCUCGAAGCCAAAGUCCUACCGAAAAUGUCUAUACUCAACAAUCUACCAAUGCAGGCGGUUACUUCACCGGCAAUCUUCACGCUCCUCAUCACAUCGGACUAGCAGGACACGGGGUAGAGAGGAACGAAGAACAAAUCUCGCGAGAUAUCAAAAAGCUAUACGCGUUGCUAAAUCGAUCGGACAAAUACCAGAAGUACCGAGAGAAGCAGCCGCAGUUGACACCCCAGCAGUUCAUCGAGAGAGAGGCAAGAGAAGCAAAGAUGAAGAUUGACAAGGAUAACAAGAGCCCGGAAAAAAGUGUCUGGCCUGAAUUUCUAGAACACGCUUUCUGGAGAGCACUCAUCCGAUGGCCGCCAAUGGGACGCAAGAAGUUUUUGCUCGAUAAUGCGCUACGCGGCCGCAACGAACUCAUCCAAGACUCAAUCUACAAAGACACAGGAAUCAGACGAGACCGCAAGCAGGUGUCGAGCCACCUUCAAGUGCUCAAGCAGCAUCUCAAGGAUCAGCCUCAUGGUGAGCUGACACACCACGCGACAGUGCUUGUAUAUAUGGCAACAAAGGACGAAGACAAGAAACGCCACCGCGGGAGGGAGGCUGCGAACUCGUAUCACCUGUCACACUUGGGCGCGCGCCACCACCCGUCGCAGCGCGUGGGUGGCGGCUCAAAAUACGAUUACAGCGCCCCAGUACCCUUCUGGUCUGGCCUUAGCUCGUUGCAGUCAUCACUUGGUUUGAGCUUUGGUGCUACGGGGGCGUCGCCUUACACAGUAACAGACUUCACGAUGCUAGUCGAAGAUGCAGAUCAGCCCGUGCACGACUUCACUUCCUUAUCACGAGAUGGAAGACAGCCAGAACUGAGUGUGGCAGACACGUCGCUGUGGCAUAGACAGUAUCCUGAGUUUACGUUCCUCCAGAAACAGACCGACGAAUGGGCAAGGAAGCAACACAAAGUCUUGAUCUGUGAUGCUUCUAUUAAAGUUAUGACCGAAACACGACCAAACGCGCACCUCUCUAUCGCCUUUGAUCUCCACUCACACCGCGAUUUGCGACCCUUCGACUCCUUGGUCUGCACCACUCGCUUCUACGAUGACGGGAAAAUGAAUGCCGACCCGCAAUUCGAUGGGCCACACCACCAGGAUCUGAAGGAACACCGUACUUCGUGCGAAUACACACCCGACCCGCACGGUUGCAGCGGUCGCUUGCGCCUUGCCUUUGGCUCUCGAUUCUGGGUCAAUCGAAUGUCGAAGUACCAAACCCUGCGGCACAAGGAUGAUGGCCUCGUCGGCCGCUCUCUGAUGAAGCUCACAGCAACCCAAGACGUGUACGGUAUCAACUCUAGUGGCGGUGCAGAGUGCGUCCUUACAAUCCUCUGGCGCUUUCGACAGACGCGCGACUCCGUAGAAGUAGGUCAGAUGAAAUGGCGCGCCGUAUCUUUUGGCGCCUCGCAACCCGGUAUGAAGCAGGAGUGGAUCAAGCAAGAAUCUCUCAACAGCAUAGACUCGGAACUGCUCGAGAUCAGCACCUCGCAAUCCCAACCACCUCAUCCAACUCCGCUAUACCAUCAGCAAUCAACUCUGGAACAACUUGCUCAUCAUGCGUAUGCAGUUCAACCAUACCACACACAGCCCCCACCUCCACAACUCCACAUCGAUACCCUCGCCUCCUGGCCCUGCACAGCGCCCGGCCUUUCCACACCAUCUGCCUCCGCCGCACCAAGCACAGCAACAGAUCACUCUUUUGCCUCCAUGCCGCACAUGCCGCACAGCCAGGACACCGCGUCGGGUUUCGACACCAACGACUUCGACUUCACAGGCGGCCGCAUCGACAUCAGCGGUGCGUUCUCGCCCGCAAUCAUGGCGGGCUACGAAGCAUUCGCAUCGCAGAGCGGGGACAUGGGCGGUCUGAACGCGCUGAGCGGAAUGGACCAUCAAUCCCUGCUAGAAAUGGGACUCAGCGCCAACGACAUCGCAGCAAUCGGGGUGACGCCCACCCACGCGCUCGCGGACCCAUCACUAUCCCAGCUUGGUGCGGGAACAGGGGUACAGAACUGCUAUAGCACGAAGCCGGUGCCCAGCUGGGCGCACUCGGGGGCUCUGAUAAGCAGCCUCGAGUCGCAGGCAGAGGGCUACGUAUCGCCGUGGACCGCGCGCUCAUCGCACUCGCAAGGAUCUCACCAAGUCCCGCAACACCACCACGUACACGCGCAGCACACGCCGUCCCUGCCAAUCUCCACGUACGGCAACGACGAGCUCGUGGGCCACGGAUCGCUGCACUCCAGCACCGCGAAUCUGAAUCCCGCGCUAUGGAACCUGGCCAGCCCGUUCCACGAGGACACGAGUUCCGGGGCGUUGAGCGCAGGGCUCAUGGGCAAUAUGGGCGUGAACCACAGUGUGAUGGAGCGGAAAGACAGCAUGCAGCAGAACGGGUUGGGACUUGGGGUUCUGGACCUGAUUGAGCGGGAUCAGAGAGCGCGCGGGUACUGA